GAAACCAUGGAAGUUGACCAAGCUGUUGAGUCUGAAGAAGCAGUGUCAAAAGACAAAGUUGCCACUCAGCAGCAGAGUACAAAAAAGUCUGGGGGUUAUGAAACACCAUGGGUUGAGAAGUACCGACCAACAAAACUGGAAAACAUAGUUGGGAAUGAAGAGACAGUCAGCAGAUUGGCAGUGUUUGCCAGGGAAGGGAAUGUGCCAAAUGUCAUUAUUGCCGGUCCACCGGGAACUGGGAAGACCACAAGCAUUCUGUGUUUAGCCAGGGCCUUGCUUGGAAGUUCCUUCAAGGAUGCUGUGUUGGAGCUUAAUGCUUCAAAUGACAGAGGCAUUGAUGUGGUCCGGAACAAAAUCAAGAUGUUUGCCCAACAGAAGGUCACAUUGCCUAAAGGAAGACACAAGAUCAUCAUCCUGGACGAAGCUGACAGCAUGACAGAUGGGGCUCAGCAGGCCUUGAGGAGGACAAUGGAGAUUUUCUCAAAAACAACUCGCUUUGCAUUGGCGUGCAAUUCUUCAGAAAAGAUUAUUGAGCCCAUACAGUCGCGCUGCGCCGUGCUCCGGUACUCAAAGCUGAGUGACGCCCAGCUGUUGGCUCGACUUCUGGAUGUGGUCAAGGCGGAAGACGUCAGCUACACUGACGACGGCCUGGAGGCCAUUAUUUUCACAGCUCAGGGAGACAUGAGACAGGCUUUAAACAAUCUCCAGUCAACGUUCCAAGGAUUUGGUCAUGUGAACAGUGAAAAUGUCUUUAAGGUGUGUGACGAACCUCAUCCAGUGUUGAUCAAAGACAUGUUGGGUCACUGCGUGUUGGGUCAUAUCGACGAUGCCUACAAGGUCAUGGCUCACCUAUGGCGUCUGGGCUACUCGGCAGAAGACAUCAUCACCAUCGUUUUUCGUGUCUGUAAAAACCACAACAUGCCCGAGUAUCUCAAGCUGGAGUUCAUCAAGGAGAUUGGCUACACGCACAUGAGGCUGGCGGAGGGGGUGCAGUCAUUGCUACAGAUGUCUGGGCUGUUGGCACGACUAUGCCGGAAGUCAGCUGAACCCAAUACAUUGAUGAAAUAGGCUGGUGUGUUUGUGUGCAUGGUGUCUGUGUGUGGUUGCUGAUGCUGUCUGAAGUGAAUGGCUGGACGAAGCUGAUGAAAAUGUGCUUUGAGUUUGAUGAUAUGUGUAUGUUUUGCCUGCAUUUGUUAGUCUUGGGAUGUGUGUUACCAAAUAGGUGGUUAGGUUUAAAUGUGUGUUUACAUGUAUGUGUAGGUGUAUGUGUGUAUGGUGGAUAUUUGCACAAUGAAUUCUCAGAUUAUUUUGUUUUGAAUUAUGUAAUAUCUGUUGAAAGUAGUGGAAUGUAGAGAAGACAGAUCCUUGACCCUUGUUUCAGCCCUGAGUUCUGAUUUAUUGUUUUGUCAGCAUCAGUGCAUCUGUAAUGAGAAAUAAAAUUCAAACAAACUAA